AAAAAAGCGGCAGGUCUCUAGGCUUAGCAUAACUCAUUUCGACAGCUUCAGCCGUGUAAAAGCACCUGUGCUGCAAUGCUCGACGGCCUACAGCCCCAAAUGGACGCCGGCGCGCUCUCCGUCGGCGCCCUGGCGCGACUCAUGCGCGAAGAGCGCCAGCGGCAGCCGGACAAGAAGAUCCACCUCGUCCUCGACGACAGGGCCGCCGAAGCCGUGGGAUGGGCGGGCGGCGCCGCGUGGUGUCGGCAAGUAGGCGCGGCACAUAUAUAUGCGCUCGGCGCCGACGUGCCUGACACGGAUGACGUCUUGCGUGUGGUCGUGACGAACGACGUCGAAAAGGCGCGCCAACAAUACGGGGCGUGCGUCGUGGCGGCGGCGCCGGCGUUCGCCGCCCCGUUCCACGGCGACGACGCGACGCUGCCCUGCCUGGUCUCGCUCGCGUCGGACGCCUUCCCCGUGCGGCCCUGGGAGGCGCCGGCCGACUGGCGCGCGGGCGACCUGCCGGAGCGGCGGAGAAAGGGCCUCAAGGACCUGGCGACCGAGCUCGCGGCGCUCUGCGCGGACUUGCGAAUAGACGCGGCGGGCAACGUCUGGGCGCUGGGGGACACGGCGGGCGCCGUCGGCGCGGCCGUCGACGCCCAGCUCCAACAGGGGGGCGGGCGCCGCGCGGCGUUGGUGCUCCUGGACCGCACGGCGGAUUUGAGCGUCGUCGGCGCGCCGCCCGACGGCGCGCUCGAGAGAAUCAUGGCGCACUUUUCUGGAGAGGGGCCUUUACUAAGUGCGGCCGCGGACCUCACGAAGGCGUACGACGCGCCCUGGGUGAUGAACGCGUGCGACCGCGCGUUAUUGCGACGCGUCGUCGCCGCGGCCUCGCACGACGACGCCUUGGAUUUAUUGAAUGAGGCCGUCGCCGAGCGAUUACAAUUGUAUGGUAUCGCGCCACCACCACAAAAAAAGCGGGGCCGCGGCGCGGCGCUCGCGGCGCACCUCGAGGCGCUUUUGAAGGGGGCGCCACAACCAGCGUCGAGCGCCUUCGACGUGCCCGACAAGCUGCUGCGCGCCAUCAGUGACAUCGCGCCGCUCGGCGUCGCCGUCGUCGAGGCCACGCAGCGCACGGCGAAGCGGCGCACGUCGCUCGAGGACGUGCUUGCUUUAGAUAAGCUCCUCGCCAAUUUGGUCGCGCACGCGAACGCGGGGCUGCUGGAGUGCGCCGACGUCGUCGCCGAAACUUAUGAAAGGAAAACGACAUCGCUGACGGCGUCCGACGCGGCCUGCGCGUUGGUACGGUGCCUCGCUCUUACUAGGGACGGCGCGGACGCCGCCGCGCAACGCGUCGCGCGCGCCGUCCAAUCGUGCGCCGACAAUGAUGAUCGCGACGCGGCGCUCUUCGUGCUGGGCCUCGUGGGCGUGCUCUCUACGAGAGUGUGCGGGCCCCCCGGGCUCGUGGGCCGCGUCGUCGACGCCGUGCUGCGCGGAAAUGAUGAUGGCCUGACGCGGCCCGGCCUCGGCGCCGCGGCGUCGGCCGCGCUGGGGUCGCUGAGCGAGACGGUCGGGCUGGGCGGCGUCUUCGGCAAAGUUAAGGCUGCGGUCGCCGAUAGAGCUCCGCGGCGGCGCGCGGGCGACGGCGGCGCGCUCAUCAUUAUGAUCGUGCUCGGCGGCCUCACUUUUUCGGAAGUCCGCGACGCGAACGCGGUUUUGGAGGAGCUCGGCGCGCGGGACCGCGUCGUCCUCGGCGGCACGCGGCUGUGCACGGGGCAGGACGUCGCCGAGGCGCUGUUUUUUGCGGACGACGAGGACUUCUGACUCCCCCCCUCACGAGGAUUUGUAAGCUAGUGUGUUUGU